AUGACUGAGACCAUCGACCAAAACACAUUCGAGCAGAUUCUUGAAAUGGAUGAUGAAGGCGAUAAUGACUUCAGCAAAGGCAUCGUGUUUGGAUUCUUCGAUCAGGCAGAGAGCACGUUCGAUAAGAUGGAGAAGCACCUCGCGGACAAGGACUUGGGCGAGCUUUCGUCUCUGGGUCACUACCUGAAAGGUUCCUCCGCCACUUUGGGACUGAUUAAGGUCAAGGACGCAUGUGAGAAGAUCCAGCACUACGGUGCCGGCAAGGAUGAGACUGGCACCAACGAUGAGCCCGACCAGGAGGUUUCGCUUGAGAACAUCCGCAAAACCCUGACCCAAGUCAAGAAGGAUUACAAGGAGGUCGAGGAUUUCUUGCGCAGAUACUAUGGCGAAAGCCCCUAA